AUGGCGAGUACGUUCUGUACAUCACAAUUCCUCCAUAGAAGUGAAGUGGAAUUCCUUCAGCGCAAAUUUGCGCAAGAGUCAGAUGCAAAAUCCGAAGAAAUAAAAGAGAAGGCUCGCCUCCUCCGAUCGACAUCGUCUUCCGAAUCAUCCUUCGAAUACGACAUAUCUGCCUUGCUCAACGACCUCCAGGAAUCAACAGAACGCGAACGCGAUCUCCAGAACCAACUUCAACUCGUAGAAGAGGAGAGUGACGUCAUAAGAAAGAAUCUAAAUGAAGUGGAGCAGGAGAAGGAGGCCCUGGAGUUUGAACUGGAACGGUUCAAGAUGCGUUUCGGGACCCUGGAGGAGCCGAAGAGGGCGGCAGACAGCGGUAAAGGUGUGGCUUCGGAGAAGGAGGCUGAGUUAAGACUCCAGCUGAUGCUUGCCGAGCAGGAGGCUACAGUGAUGAGGAGGAAACUGGUGGAGCUUGAAGCAAAGAACGAGGAGCUGGAAGGAGCUUUAGCUAGACUGUCUGAACGGCUCCCAGAUGAUGACGACACAGCGCCACUACCUCAGCGUCAAGGUCCAGUAGGCGAGGAAGCUGGGCCUAAAUCCACCUCCCAUUCAGAGAGCAGUAGCAAUGCUGAGAUUGAGGCUCUUCGACGUCAUGUAGAGGAGCUGAUGCAGGAGAACGAUGGUCUCAGAACUAAGGUCGAGAUGCUAGAUGAAGUCGAUGCUGAAUAUCGUAUCAAUCCUGAGGAGCACAUACGAGGAGAACCAGAACUUAGAACAAAGCUUCAUCAAGCUGAGAGAGCUAUCACAACAUUGAAGAAACGAUUGGUUGAAAGUGAGUACGAGGGUAGGACCUUCCAGAUGGAGGCUGAAUCCUUGCGGAAGCUUGCUCACAUAGCUGGUGCUGAGGGUGGUGGAGGACACGCCAAACACAGGGGGAAAUCACUGGAGACCAAACUCAGGGCACAGGUAUCACUACUCAACACUGAAGCAGACGCGAUGAGACGGCAGAUCGUCACCUUGGAAAUACAGAACGAACAACUCCAGGAUGAACUCGAGAAGCAGAUGCAGACUCCCGUUGCAGCAGCGCCCUCUCCAAGUUCUGACAGUGACCGGGAAAGAUUAGAGGCCUUGCAGCAGAAGAUCGCACAGCUUGAAGAGGAACUAGGUGACCUGUUGUUGGUGGUGAAGAGCAAAGAUGUCACCCAGGAGCAGCAGGAGAAAGAGCUCCAGGUCUCCAAGAGGGAGUGUGGUCAGCUCCGCCGGGAGAUGCUUGCCAAUGAGUCCGUCCUCAAACAACGACUUGGGGAGGAGGAGGCAAGGAGAGAAGUGGUGGAACAACAGCUUCGGAUCGUUGAGGAGAGAGCAGAUGCAUUGCAGUCACACCUUCACGACGUUUGCAAGGGCGCCCCCUCACAGAGUGAAGUGAAAAGUGCACCACCCGAUGUCACGAUAUCAGAUGAAACCGCUACUACCUCAGAACAUACACCUUCACAUACCAAACAAACUGAUCAGGGAUUCUGGAUGCAGCGAGUUACUGCAUUGGAACGUGAACUUGCCGAAGAACGACAACGAUGUCGAGCAGCAGAGAAACGAGCAGAAUUACUAGGAGGUGAUGUCGCUGAGGUACCGCCACAGUCACCUCGACCAGGGGAGGGAGAAGAAGCGGCUCUGAGAGAACGGGAAAAGGAAUUACUCAAAUUUGAGCUGAACGAGUAUCGGAUGACCAUUGAUGAAUUGAAGGCCGAGUUGAUUCAAGAGCGAGAUGAACGUAUGGCCGAGAAGUCCGAGUUCGAUCAUAAGAUUGCAGUGAUUAUGGAGGAACGAGAAAGAUAUGAUACCUUACAUGAACUGGAGAAAGAGAGUUCUAUGAUACAACUCAAGAUGGAAGGGAUGAAAUGGCGACAGGAGAGGGCGCAACUCUUCAAUCGAAUUGAUGAGGUCAAAGCCAAAAUGACUGAUCUUGAAAAGCAGGCUGGUGGAGAUGUGAAGCACUCGACUCCCGGAUCUAGUCCCGUACAUUCCCAACGUGAAGAGUCUCAGAAGCUUCUACAACGUCUAGAAACAGAGGUGGAAGGAUUGGAUGGUGAAUGUUGGAAGUACAGACAACUAGCUGAUGGACUCAAGAACAAGAUGGAAAGGUUGACUGCCCAGAACGAGGAGCUCAAAGCUUCAAAUGAUAUCUUGAACCAAGAAAGAACUAUUCUGCAUGCCAAACUAUCCAACACUGAACAAGAGAAAUCAGAAAACGAGGUGCGAAUCAAAAGAGAACGAGAAAUAUACGAGAUGGAGCGAGAUAAGCUCCGAGAUCUUCAAAUGGAACGAGAUGAGUUAGAGAGGAUACUCCAGCCAUUACAGACAAGGAUUGACCACUUAGUCGCUGAUAGUGAAGCAGUUCUGAAUAAGAAAGAGCAGUUAGAAAACAGUGUAAGGACUUUAAGUGCUAUGCUUGACGAAGCUGAGGAAGCAAGACAACGUGCUGAAAACGCUCUGAAAGAACGCGAGCAUAAUAUGCAAAACGACUCUAGUAGAUUAAGACAAGAAUUUGAAGAAGAAUUCAACUUGAGAGUGAAGGACAAGAAUAUGAGAAUGGAUGAUUUGGAAAAGGAAGUGAGGACUAAGUCGAAAGAAAUUGAAAAUUUAAAUGAAAGAUUAAAAUCUCUUGAGCGUGAUCUGGACGAAAGCAAAAAAUCACUAGAUGACUUCCAGAAGAAAGAUGUCGCGGAAAAGCAACGGGGUAGUCCUAGCGGAAGUCCAAAGGGAAGUCCGACAAGGGACCCGGAGCAGCUCCGACAGAAGUUGGCUACCAAGGAGCGUGAGUGGUCUCAACAGAGGAAAGGCUUUGAGGAUACCGUGGAUAGACUUAACAGUACCCUCAAAGCCAGAGAGUCGGCCUGGGACAACGAACGUGAAGAUUUAAAGAACGAUCUUACUAAAGCUCAGCAGGAUCGUAAGGAUAAAGAAAUUUCCUGGAAUGCUGAAAGGGCUAAGUUGUUGAAAGAGAUCGCAGAUCUUAAAGCCUCUUUGAGUAAGAGCGAGUCAGAGAGUAAAAGGCAGGUGAAUGAACUCAGACAACGGCUUGAGGCAGCCACGGAACUUGUAGAAACUUAUCGUUUAGGUGAGACUAAGUUCAAAGAGGAAAGGCGUCGACUACUGCAACAGAUUGAAGACAAAGAAUCUUCCGUCCAAGUCAAGCAAAAGGAAAUCGAGCGAACACAAACACAGCUAAGCAACCAGCAGAAGCGACUGGAACGAGUCCGUGUCGAGAUCCUAGACCGUUUCCAACGGGAGGAGAAGGUAUGGAAAGCGGAGAUUACUGCCUGCAAAUUCAAGCUUGAGGCGGAGACCAAGUACUUCAACGACGAAGUGGGGAGUUUGCAGAAACGACUGGAGAAUGAGUCGAAUGAUUACCAAUCCCAGAAGGAACAGUUGAACGAAUCAAAGACGGAGCUUGAUCGAUUGAGAACUAUUGUUGAUAAUGCAGACAAGGAAAAAGAGGCUCUUAGGAGUGAGAAGGAGAGGGAGAACCUCGCUGCCAAGAGGUCUCGUCAAGUCUUGGAAAAUGCUCAACAAGAGAAAGAGAAGCUAGCAACAAGCCUGAGUCAAGAGAAACAUAGAAGAGAGAUCUUACAGAAGAGUUAUGCCAGCGAGAAAGCAGGCUGGGAGGUAUCUCGUAAUGAGAUGAUGGCCAAGAUCGCUCGGCUUGAACAGCAGACCAAGCUAAAGAAGGUUAAGCUUGAAGAUCUCCAGGCACGGCUGCAGGCCUCCUGGGACCAGGAGCGAAGUGAACACAAACGGAUCCUUACAGAAGCAAACUACCGAGUGAUGGAGAUGCAAAAGGAAAUGGAGCGAAGAGACAGCCAAAGGAGCAGGGAAGGGUCGGGCUCAGAGGGCGUCCUUGCAAAGAAACUUCUGGAAGACGAACGAAGGAAGUCAACCGAACGUAUUCAUGAGCUUGGUGCCGAGUUGCAGAAGUCUAAAGACGGCCACAAGCGAAUCGGUCAACUAGAGGCUAGGUAUCAAAGAGAUCGAGAGCUGUGGAGGAAAGAACGGAGUGAUUUACAAAAACGACUGCAAGACAGUCUAGCCACUAGACGAUUAGAACACAAUAAAAUCGACAGCUUUAUUCAAGAUCUUCAAAAUCUAAAAGGAGCUGUUGAAGCAACGGAUCGUCUGACGCGAACAGAUAUUCAAAAUGGCGGUCGACAUGAGCAAAUCAUCCAAAAAACCGUUGUCAAGACAACGGAAACCAAACCACUUCAGAAGGCACCACCUCCCGCUGAAGAGAACAACGCCAUCUAUCGGCAGCUUCGUAAACAGGUUUCAGAGCCUUCCAAUGUGUGUACUGCUGCAGCUGAGAAGUCAAAUGAUGUGGUUAACUCCGGUUCAACUCCGGUUAUUACCCAUAGACAUUCGACAUCCGAAAGACCAGCAACAUUUACACUCGAUGAGAAUGCCAGUCCAUCUGCACGUACUGGAAAUGAAGGAAGAUCCAAGUCCCAGUCGGACAUGACACGACGAGACAGUGGUCCUCCACCCAAACCACCCGCCAAACCACCACGACAGUUUAGCCAAAAAGAUGAGUCAUCAAGCAGUACUUCAUCCAGGAUGACGUCACAAGCAGCUACCACUCCAAGACAACAAACACAAGGAGAGUAUCUACAAAGUAGACGAUCACAGUCAAGGAGUGCAGAGGUAUUGACUUCAUCACCCACAAAAAGCCCUCGAAGCCCGGUGAAAGUUAUCUCAUCGGACCCCGUAGGGGGCGGGCUAGAGAUAGCCACAACGAAACCCACCAAAGCCUCGACAACAGUGAAGACGGUUGUCACUGAAACCAAAGAAAGGAGAACGCAGGCACCUCCCACGACUAAAAUCGAAGAAACUGAACGUGAAAAAUGUCAAGAAACGCACUUUGGGAAGAUUCCACAUGUGACUAUUAUUGACAAAGAUAGUGCGCAGUCGGGAAAGAAAACAACGGUGACAGAGAUUGUCCAGGAAUCCAAAACAACGGUUCAAGAAUCUAAAGUGCCAGUUGCGUCUUCCACCCCUGAUGUGUCUCAGAUUGGGAGCAGCACCUCUAGAAGACCACCACAAGUAAGCAUCACUAGGUCUGUAAGCGAUCGGCGACAUGACGCUGAUAAACCAACUAUCGUAGUGAAGCAAGGACGGUUUGACGUAAUGGGUCUUCUGCGAGAGACUGACCGUAAAACCGCUCGACCCCGCAGUGAAAGCCCUUCUCGCGUUGAUCUACAAAUUCGGUUAGCAGAACUUGAUAAAAAUCGCGUAAUGUCUACUAAGAUGAUGUUUGAAGGUAGCCAGCCGUCGCCAAGUGGUUCUGCUCCUGCACUCCAGAGACGCUCAGCUAGUACAGACUCUCCUUGUGUGUCAGACACCGAUAGUGAACGACACACAGACAGUGAACUCGUAGCACGGAGUCCAACUAAUCGCCAGUUAUCACCUUCAAUAUCAGACAGUCGACUACCAGGUGAUAGUAGGGCCGCUAGUGGAGCAUCACCACAAAUCGCUAGAGCGCAUGAGAGUAGAUCCUCAGAACGUCCUAAAUCUAUGUGUGCUAAUGUAGAUAGAAAAUCAAAAACCUCGAGCGAGGGAGACAGUUUAGGUCGUACUUCUCCUUACCCAAACCCUCCGCCUGGUUUUCUUUUACCAAAACAUAUUAAUGGAACAACCAGCAAACCGUCCGUUGCGACUAGUCCGACCGUUGCUGCUGCUAGGGGAGUGUCUACUGAACCUCCCAGAGGAAAGUCGUAUAAUGUACCUAUACCACCGAGUGAGCUAGGGUCUUUCGGCGAGGGCCCUCUAACUCAUAUACCUGGACAAUUACCAAGAACAAAGAGUCAACUCCAGGCACAAACUAAACAACCUAUGCCACCAUUAUCUGAUAAGACUCCUCCAGAAUCCCCAAAGCAUGGAAGCGAAAGAGGGAAGCGAGUGUCUCCGCGCUCUGCUCGGGCACAGUUUUUCUCUGAAGCGCCAUCUCCAACCUCUAACAAAUCCUUGAAAUCUCAGGUGGCCGCACAAGAGCGAAAGACAUCAAAUAAUAAUAACAACGCUACGGCCGCUGUUCAACAACAUCCUACAACAUCUUCAGGAGCUUCCUCAGCACCUACAUCAUCAACCAAGUCAAGAGCGACUGGUAGCAGCUCACGGGCAAGCAGUAGCAGUGGUGCUAAGGGGGCUUCAGGUGGCACUGUUAAAGGUAGUUCUGGAUCUAGCAAAUCAGAUGUUGGUACAAGUACUAGGUCGUCUCAUCAACCACCCAGCAAAGCUUCUCCAUGGAGUGCAAGUCCUGCUGUCAGCAUACCCCAACAGCAAAGAAUGGGAACCCAGCCGGCAACCAAACCUAAGAAGAGCAAGUUUUCAUCUAAGUCUUCUAAAAAAUAAUAGCAUUUCAGUAUUCAAUUUAUUGAACUUUAAUGUAUUCUGUGUCGUUACUAAAGUAAUUAAUUUUUGCAGAAAUACCAAACGUUGAUUUCAAUUAACAAUCUCUAUUAAAAAAAUAAAAAGGAGAAAAGAUGAACUGCGAGUUGAAUUCAUCAGCCAUUUUGAUUUAAGGUAAAUCUGUUGGUAUAAAAUUGUGAGUGAAACAAAGAAAGCCUGAAGUCUGUACCAGAGACAGAUAUUGGCGAUAAUACAGAAAACGUUGAUUGUGAAUUGAUGAGGUUUGUCGUCUAUGCAUGUAAAAACCUUUCUACAACCAUGCAGAAGAGAUAUUUUUAUGAUCCUGAUUAGUUUUACUUGUCUAAUGUGAUAUAAACUUAGAUUUAGAUAUUCUUACAGCAAUAUUGCAUGAAUUGAAUGGAUUUUAAGUUAUAUCAUAGCUGGUUAAUGUGCAAUUUAUAGCUGCAGGCUUGCUAUAUUGGAGUAUUCGGGAUGUCUUCACAUUGUGUUGUUGGUUUUUCAGUCUCGGGACUAUUAGUUUUUAAGCGGCUUGAUGAAGGGUCUCUUCUGUUUAGUUUGUUUAUAGACAAGCAAAAAUGUAGCCCACUCACUCUGUAAAAUAAGGAUGUGUUUAAUUUGUCAAAUUGCUUUAUAUGUGAACUUCUCAGUUGAGUGCAGUAGUUGGCAAGGUUUGACUUUUCCAGGCCAUAUUGUAUGUUUAUGUGCUCGGUCAAAUCAUUCUUUUUAUAAUAAUCGCUCAAGAAAGAGAGGGAGAGACCCUAAAAAUACUCGUGAUUGUCGUUUGCAUUCCAAAUGUUUGAUUUUGUCAUUGAAUUCCUUUGCAAUCAAUUAGAAUAGGCACGCCAUUGCUAUUGUUUGAAUACGUUAGUUGAACUUCAAUCUUUCCUCUUUGCUUUUAGUAUGUAGACCAAUAUUUUGCUUGAUAGUAUUAAGACCAAUAAGUUGCUUUGACCAAAAUCCACCCACUGCUUUUCGUUUUGUAUUCCACUCUCUUUCUCUCUUUUAUUUAUUCAUUUUCGUGCACCAGGGGACUAAUUAAUGUAUAGGUUUGGCUAGAUCACCAAUCUCAUGCAUGUGCUGACACAAAUAAACCGCUAUCCUUUGAAAGUUAUUGCUUUUUCAAUAUAUUAUUCAUCUGAAAAUUAUAUAAUGUUAAGUAAUUUGUUCAUAUUUGUUGAACAUUGAACGCAAAGUAAUUUCCCAAAUUUUCUGUGUCUGUCCCCGUUUUAUUUGGUUAAAAAAUGUUGUGUUGCAAGCGUGCUCGCUUAGAUGAAUUGAUCGCAAAAUGUAUUCUUGUUAUUCAUGUCUUACAAUUGUUCUUUUUUCUUCAAUUUUCUAAGUGGCAUUUUAACAUAGAUAAAACCUUGAGAAACAAAUUAAGUUGCGAAUUUCCUUUUGAACUAGAAUAAGUAAUUCUCGAUAACAUGCGUUCGUAGGAGCUUAGAAUUCGCUGAGAAAUGAUUAGUCUGACUUCAUUGUACUUAAUUAUGGAAGUUAAUCUUCAUAUAAUGUUGAAUGUACAUUACUUUGUUAUUUAUUGAAAUUUGACUGUUUUAAACGUAUUCAUAAGACUACAGUCAACUGUACAUAAAUGUCAUCAUAGAUGAAACAGUAGUUCAUAUUUUGGUAUGGUGUAAAUUCUGUUUUUAUUAUCGUGGAAGAUUUUCUCGCUCAUUUUUUGUGUGUAAGUUGAAAUUUAUGUUAUGUGUAAGUCUUAAAUUAUGUUACAAAUACUUAUUCAGAUUAUUUAGUACACUAGUAUUCACAUUUUACAUUUUACUUUUACGUACCAAAUUUUAACCACCACUUUGCUGUCAACCGUUCAUUUGAGAAGUGUGAAUAUUUUAUUGUAAUAGAAACUAUAUUAUUUUCAAUGUUUAUUCAGUUUUCAUAAAUUGGUCACGGUCUUUGAAAAACAAAAGUUGUUCUUCAUCAGGACAUUAUGAGGAAGAUCUUUUUUUUUCAAUUAGACUUAUAUUAUUGUUUGCAAUAAUUGUCUUAUAGGAAAUUAUAGACUAAAUUGUACAAUUUUUAACGCAACACUGCAUAGUAAUCUUUCACGGUCGCCCAUUCCAUGAAAUUCAAUUAUGAAAUGAACCAAAGACAAAAUUUAUCAAGUGAUAUAGCUGCCAAAUGAUGUCACUUUAAAAUCCUGCAAGGUCACGUGGUAUCUUUCAUUAAAUUGUUUCACCUAAUUGUAAAAUUAUCAAAGAUUUUUAGAUAUUUUCUAGCUAUACAUGUAUAUGUAAUUGGUAGAUAUGCCGAUUAUUUUACCCACUUAAAACAGAAUGUCAAGAGCAAUGACCAACUUCUACUGACUAAUGGCAAUGGUCUGGUGUCUCUGUAUUUCCGGCUUUCCAACGUUAGCAUACUCCAAACAAACAGUGUAAAUCCACACCAAUCAGUGUUGUGUUAGGGCCGAGCAUUCAACAGCAGUGUUAAAUGUAUUGGUGUUUAAUAUGAGUAUUGUAUCGACACUAUUCGGUGUUAUAUUCCAUGGUGUAUUUCAUACCCGAUGGUGCAGUGCUCGUACAGCAGUGUUUUCUAUUCAACACCAUGUUGUUUUACAGUGUAUUCAGUCUGAGGUUAGUCUAAUAAAAUAUCACGAUGUCAGUAGAUUUUUAUUAUUAACAUAUUGCCACCAGCUAUCAUUGUUAUAUAUCAUGGGAUCCAAACGCCCGAUACAUUGAUUGGUUGAAUUUUUAGGCAAGAAUUAUUAACUUUUUUUAUUUGGAAAUACAUAGAUGAAAAAUGAAUAAAUUACUGAUAACCGAGUGUCAAGGAAAAGAAAAUAAUGGACAAAAUUAAUGAAAAUCAUUACAGACUUAUGACGCUCAUGCUUUGACUGUCUUUUCAUUGCAGACGUGGUUGCUAUGUUCAUUUUGAUUUUCCUAUUUAGAUCGUUCUUAAUUGUUUUGACUAUACUCUUUCUUUUUUUAAGAUUCUGUUGUAAGGCUUUAUGAACUACAUGAUUUGUAAAAUCAUUUCUAAUCAUCUGUGUAGAAUGAAAUAUGACAAUAUGCCAUAUACAAUAUCAUUUUGAUUCCGGUAAUUACAACAAAACGUUUCAAAAAAACUGAAUGACUAAUCAAUAAAGGCACAUUUGUGCUUUUUGUAUGAAAA